AUGUCGUCCUUCGACCUCGCCCCCCCCGCAAGCAUCCUCAACCGAUAUCCCUCGACGACAUCUUCAUCCGCAUCCUCGGGAUACUCCCUGUCGACAGACCACAGCCUCGGUAGCCAGUUCACUUCGGCAUCCGCCACGAGCGGCGGCACCUCCCCCGGCAACCCCAGACAAAAAUGUGGCCGCGGAAACGUGCUGGCGAGAGCACGAACCUUUGAGGCAGAGGCCAUGACCGGCUCAGGCGAUGCCCAGGACAAUCAGGGCGGCCUUCCCCGACCGUCCCUCCGCACACUUCCGCAAGCACCCGCCGCGUCUGCCAAAUCUCCCCUGACGCCGCCUCGCCACAGCACCCUGAGGCACGAGCGCGGCAAGAGCUGCGACGUUGGAAGCCUGUCGCUCGCCCACAAGGAUGGCGCCCUGUCACCCCCGCGCCUUCUGUCCAUGCGCCCCGACUCGAUGCUGCUGACCAGAUCCGACUCCCUCUGUCGGAGUCGUCUCGUGGCACCGAGCGGCCACUCGCCGCAGGUCGUGCACGCCGCCCACAUCGGUCAACCCGAUCUUGAGCUUCUCGGUCGCUCCUCCACGAGGGAGCUGCGCACGCUGUCGCGCCUUGCCCAUUCCGAAUCCGCCGACAACUUUGCCAUCACCUCGCCAGCCCAGCAGGUCGUCGGCCUGCGCGGCCGGCGCAGACUGCAGCGUGCCGACAACGCCAACGGCGCCCACGACUCGAAGAGCAGCAGCUACGGGUGGGAAGGCCGCAACUGGAUGGACAAGCAGCGCCAGUUUCUCCAAGCCUACGAGUAUCUCUGCCAUAUCGGCGAGGCCAAGGAAUGGAUAGAGGACGUCACCAACAAACCGCUCGGCCCCAUCGUCGAACUGGAAGAGGCCCUCCGCAACGGCGUCACGCUGGCCGAGGUAGUCGAGGCGCUGAACCCCGACAAGCGAUUCCGAAUAUUCCAUCACGAAAAGCUCCAGUAUCGACAUUCGGACAACAUCGCCAUCUUUUUCCGAUACCUAGACGAGGUCGACCUGCCCGACCUCUUCCGGUUCGAGCUCAUCGACCUCUACGAGAAGAAGAACAUUCCCAAGGUCAUCUACUGCAUCCACGCCCUGAGCUGGCUUCUGUUCCGCCGCGGCAUCGUCGAUUUCAGGAUAGGGAAUCUCGUUGGCCAGCUGGAGUUUGAACACCACGAGCUCGAGGCGAUGCAGAAGGGCCUGGAUAAGCUGGGGGCCAACAUGCCGACCUUUAGCAACAUGGGUGCCGACUUUGGAAUCCCGGGGCAGGAACCCGAACCGGAGCCCGAGCCCGAGCCCGAGGAGACGGAAGAAGAGCGAACCGAACGCAUGUUGGCGGAAAACGGCGAGCGCAUCGUCGACUUGCAAGCGCAGAUGCGUGGUGCUCUGUUGCGGCUGCGGCUCAGCGACACCAUGGCCACCCUCUGGCAGGGCGAGGAGGCGCUUGCCGAGCUGCAGGCGCGCAUUCGCGGCGACUUUUCCCGACAGGUCAUCGGCUAUCGGCUCCAGAUGCGACGCUUUGCAGUCUUCCUGCAGAGCGCCGCCCGCGGCUUUCUCCUCAGGCAAAGGCAGAAGGGGAGCGCCGAGUACUGGACGGCCACCGAGUCGGACAUCCUGCAUCUCCAAAGCCUGAUCCGAGCCAACAGGAUCCGACACGGCGUGCGAGACACGGAAUCCCGGCUGGCGGUGUGCAGCGGGCCUGUGCGGACGGUCCAGGCCGUCUCCAGGGGGUUCUUGACUCGCAAGAGUCAAAUGGCCCAGCAGCAGGAGACCCGGGAAACGUCCGGAACGGUGCAGCAGCUUCAGUCCCUUGCCCGUGCCAUGCUGUUGCGAAGUCGCAUCGGUCACGAUCUCCAGCUCCUCGACUGCGACGCUGUCGCCGUCACCGAAUUGCAGGCUGCCGCAAAGGCAUCGCUGACGAGAGCGCAGCUCGGCCGCCAGCUGGAGCAGCUGCGCGCUCAUGACGCGAGAUGGAUGGCCGUCCAAGGGCUCGUCCGAGGAGGGGCGGCCAGGAGGAAGCAGCAAUCGCUGCAGGCUGAGCUGAGGCGGCAUGCGCCGACGCUUGCGCGACUCCAGGCCACCAUUCGGGCCGCGGCGAUCCGCAGGGAACGAAGGGACCAGUUCGACGUAUGGGAGGCCGGCAGGGACGAAACAGUUGCCCUGCAGUCGCAGCUGAGAGGCAUGCUCGCGAGGCGGCGGAUGCACGUCCUACGGCAGCGACUGGAGAAUCACGAGCCGCAGAUUCGCACUUUGCAGAGCCUCGUGCGAGGGCUCCUCCACCGCAAGCAUCACGCGGCUACGCUCGACGAGCUGCAAACCCACAGGAGAGGCAUCACGGCCUUCCAGGCCAUCCUCAAGGCCAUGAUGUCUCGCGCCAACAUCGACGACCUCAUCACGGAGCUCACGGACGAGGAGGCUGCCAUCGUCAACGCCCAGUCCGCCGCGCGCGCAUUCCUGGUGCGCGCGCGCUUCGAGGAAAAGCAGCGAUUCUUCAACGAGAACAUGCAGAAGGUGGUCAAGAUCCAGAGCCUCGUGCGUGCCAAGGUGCAGGGAGAGGCGUACAAGAGCCUCACGACCGGCCAGAACCCGCCGGUGAACGCGGUCAAGAACUUCGUCCACCUGCUCAACGACAGCGACUUCGACUUCAACGAGGAGGUCGAGUUCGAACGGAUGCGAAAAACGGUGGUCCAGCAAGUUCGCCAGAACGAGAUGCUCGAGCAGUACAUUGAUCAGCUGGACAUCAAGAUCGCGCUCCUGGUCAAGAACAAGAUCACCCUCGACGAGGUCGUGCGCCACCAACACAACCAUGGCGGCAGCUCCGUGGGGCUCCUCGCCAACUCGACCAUGUCGUCCUCGAACCAGUUUGACCUCAAGGCCCUCAACAAGAGCUCGCGAAAGAAGCUCGAAUCCUACCAGCAGCUGUUCUUCAGCCUGCAGACCCAGCCGCAGUACCUUGCGCGCCUCUUCAAGCGCAUACGCGAGCAAGGCACGUCGGAGAAGGAUUGCAAGAGAAUCGAGCUCCUCAUGAUGGGCCUGUUCGGCUACGCGCAGAAGCGACGAGAGGAGUAUUACCUGCUGAAGCUCAUCGCGAGGUCGAUGCGCGAGGAGAUCGAGGGCGCCGGCCUUCUCCAGGAGUACGUCCGGGGCAACUACUUUUGGGCCAAGCUGCUCGCAAACUACACGCGAUCGCCGAGAGAUCGCAAGUAUCUCCGAAGCCUCCUCGGGCCGCUGAUCCGGGACAACAUCGUCGAAGACCCAGCCCUCGACCUCGAGAGCGACCCGAUGCAGAUUUACCGGUCCGCCAUCAACAACGAGGAGCUGAGGACGGGCCGGCCCGACCAGCGACCGCUCGACGUGCCGCGCGAGGUCGCCAUCCGAGACCCCGAGACGAGACGGCUCUUCAUCGACCACCUGCGGGACCUGCGCGAGAUCUGCGACCAGUUCUUCCUUGCGCUGGAGGAUCUCCUGCACAUGAUGCCCUACGGCCUCCGCUUCCUCUGCGGCCAGAUGUUCGAGUCCCUGCGCCAGCACUUUGGCCGGGAGUCGGAGGAGAACCUGCUGCAGGUCGUCUCCCUCUGGCUGUGGAAGUUUUACCUCCAGCCGGCGGUGACGGCGCCGGAGCAGGUGGGCGUCAUAGAAAAGACGCUCAGCCCCCUUCAGAAGAGGAACCUGAGCGAGGUGGCCAAGGUGAUCGGGCAGAUCGCCUCGGGACGACCAUUUGGCGGCGAGAACGUGUACCUGCAACCGUUGAACGCGUUCGUCGCCGAGUCGAUCGAGCGGCUGCGGAACAUCACCGGCGACUUGAUAUUCGUGCCCGACGCGGAGAAGACGUUUGACAUUGACGAGUUCAACGACCUCUACGCGAAGAAUAAGCCGACGCUGUACAUCAAGAUGACGGACGUGUUCGCGAUCCACAACCUCGUCGCGACCGAGCUGCCAUCGAUGUGCCCGAACCGGGACGACGUCCUGCGCGAGAUCCUGCAGGAUCUGGGGAGCGCGAAGAGCAACGAGAACGAGAUGGAGGCGGCCGGCUCGUCGGACAUCCACAUGUUCCUGACACCCAAGCUCCACGACGUCGGCGACCCCGAAUCGGACGCCAAGGCGCUCUUCAUGGAGACGAAGCGAUGCGUCCUGUACAUCAUCCGGGUCCAGACGGGCGCGAACCUGCUCGAGAUCCUCGUGAAGCCGAUCACGACCGAGGACGAGGAGAAAUGGGAGACGGUGCUCCGGGACGACUUCUCGGUCGACGGCAACACCCGGGGAGCCUACUCGGACGCGAACAACAUGGUCGACCUGACGAGGAUGACGUACUACGAGCUCAAGCGGACGGCGCUGGAGAACGUGAUGCGGCUGGAGCAGAUGGGCCGGAUCUCGAAGCACAACUGUUACCAAGACGUGCUGAACGCCAUCGCCAGCGACAUCCGGACCAAGAGCCGGCGGCGGGUCCAGCGGCAACGAGAGCUGGAGGGGGUGCGCCUCACGCUCGGGAACCUGCACGAGAAGGCGACGUACUUGGAGCAGCAGCGGAGGAGCUACGACGACUACAUCGAGCAAGCGAUGGCGACGCUGCAGAACAAGAAGGGGAAGAAGCGUUUCCUCCUACCCUUCACCAAGCAGUACAACCACCAGCGCGAGCUCGAACGGAGCGGUCGCGUGCCCAAGUUCGGGAGCUACAAGUACAGCGCGCGUGCCUUGUCGGACAAGGGCGUUCUCGUCUCGUGGACGGGGCUCACGGACCGCGACUUGGACAAGAUCAACUUGACGAUUUCGUGCGACGAAGUCGGCAUCUUCGCCAUCGAGGGCUCCCGAGGGCACAUCCAGAUACCGGGGGCCAGCGCUCUGGUGCCGAUCGAGGACCUUCUCCAGGCCCAGUUCGAAUCCCACCAGUUCAUGAACCUGUUUGAGGGCAACCUCAAGCUCAACGUGAACUUGUUGCUGCACCUCGUGUACAAAAAGUUUUACCGGACGCAAUGA